UUGUAUCUUUGCUACGAGAGUUAUUAGCCAGUGCAGUCUUUUUAUCAGCAGCUGACAAACUUUCCGACCCUGUAAGUUGAAAAAAGAGAAAAGAGUACGAAAUUUAGUGGCUUGAACCGUUCAAGUCCCCAGGGUGUUCAACAUAUAUAAUCAAGGGAAAGGCCGCUAUGACGAUAAGUUAUGUUAUCACCAAAAGGCUGGUUUUCACCAGCGAUGGAGUCGAAGUCGUGCUUAGAAGCGUAGAACUUUACGAUCUAGUGAAAACAGCGUUGUGAUCCUUCUGAUUCCGCUUACUACUUCGUCAUUUACGAUCAAGUAAAAACUGGGUCGUCGGAGUCGCAAGCAGAAGCGGAAGAACUAAACCAAUCACAAAGCGUGGGAACGUGCAUUAUGAUUGGUUUAUCUUUCCGCUUUUGCUUCCGAGUCCGACAAUCUGGUUUUCACUAGAUCGUAAGCGACGGAGUCAUAAACGGAGUUUGAAGAAAAUGGAAACGUUCUGAUUCUUCCGACUCCGAUUCCGUCGCGCUUAUGACUCUGCUUACGACUCCGAUUUUUGAUUUUCACUGAAUCAUAAGCGUGAAAACUAGCCUUUACGUAGCAUACGUCAUGCUAGAAGUAUAUCAUGAAGUGUAUGAUCAUCGAAGCCGAAAACCUCUGUUUAAGUCCGUCCACACGUAAAUGAGAAGCUGGCGUUUUCAAAAAUCUCCACUCUGGAGAAAAAAAGAUGCGUUUUCGGUGACCGUUUUCACGAGAUACGUGUGGACGCCAUGUAGACCAAACCGAGGAAAAAUAUUCGUUUUCAAGCAAAAACGGAUACAUGGGGAGGAGGGCCUAAAACUCCAUUAUAAACACCAAUAAAAUACCAGGUGAACUUUUGCCAGAAAACAUGAUAUCUUUACACGUGAAAAUAACAUGUUAUCUAGUUUUAAUGUGGAAAGAUCAGCGUUCCUAUGGCUACACAAUAAAACGAUGCAUGACUUUAAGAAGUUUAUUUCAGUCUUCGUUUUAAUAAUAAUAUUUAAUCUGACUUCUCAUUUCUUGAAAGGAUUUUGUUAACAACUUUCUGCUGAUAUUGUUGGACAAAGAACCAGUAAGUGGGCUGUUUUAGCGUUUCUUCGGUGCAUGUUAUUUCAAGUUAACAUAAUGUCGUCAGCUUUUUUUUGCUGCAGGAAAUAUUUUAUUCACCCGUUGACGGCUCUAAUUCGUUCAAAAAUCGCGCGGCAACGAAAAACAGUAGACGCGUCAUGAGCUUAUUUUAAAAACUGUGGAGCCAUCUACAUACACUCACACAGUAUUAUGUCACAGUCGGUCGAACAUGACUAAGACAUAUCAGUGUUUGCUGUUUUUGCCUGGCUCUUUGUUUUCCCGUUUAGACUGUUACUAAUAGGAUUACUGAGAAACUGCGAAAAGGUCUAACGUGCUUUACGUUAAAGCGUGUCCUUUAUUUAGAAAUCAAGGAGUAACAUCUGAAUCUAACACCAGUUCUGACUUUUUUGCCCCGCAGAUGGUGGCUUCUGAUGAGCCGCCGAGUCCUAAAGUUCCUCUACUAGCGAAGUUUGCCAAACCGCGAGUUCCACUUACAAACUCGGUAAGUCAAUCACUCCCUUGAUUACUCCUACAAGAGUUACAUGAGAGUUAAAGCGUGCGUUGUAUAGCUGUUACUGACGUCCGACGUAAAGUUUUAUGAAGUUGGCUCAAACUCUUCAUUUGUCAACAGCCUACGUUACAGUGUAUGCUUAUGUUCUUCUCGUUGUUUUUUAAUUUGCAGGCUCUUCAUUUGUCAAUAGCAGACAUUCUUCAAGCACAAUCCGCCUUAUUUCCUUUCAUGCAGUUUAUGAAAGUGAAGGAGCAUUGAACAUACUUCAAUUUUGCCUUACCGUUGGUAUGAUAAAAAAAAUGUUCAAUGGAAGAAUCUCAUCCCAGUUGCAAAAGAAGGCCUAAAAAUUCAGGCUUGAAUAGGAUUCAAACUCUUGACCUCUGCAAUACCAGUGCAGCGCUCUACCAGUUGAGCUAACAGGCCAACUGGGAACCUGAAUUUUUAUGUGAGGCUUUCAUUUCGUAUCUCCAAUAGUUGCGUCUGUAUACUGCGAUGAUCUUCUUUCAUUUAAUACCGAGACACACACAGACACUGUGAUCAAAGAUUUCAAAAUGACAUAGAGAAUAUACACUUCUUCGUCCAUUCUACUUUGUUCACGAUAAUGUCCUUUCAAUAAAGGCAUGGAAGACUUACCCUGAGAUCAGACUGUAUUUUUGUCUCACUUGGUAAAUAAAAUUUCGGUGGAAAGGGCGAAACGAAAACUGGCCUCAGCAGCUUAAACGUUUAAGACUAGUUAUUUCAGGCCCAAUUUUGGGCAUGAAAGCUGCUAAUAUAAAAUUGGGCCUGAUCUCAGGUUAGGUAGACUUAAGUAAAUUUGUUUUUAUUAGACCAGUGAUUAGCGCUUUUCGCGCUGUUGAAUAUCAUCUGCUACUCACCUGUACUUCGGUGCUAUAUUUAUUUUUCCAGAGGACUUCAAUAAGAGAAUUUUCACCCC